AUGCCAUACCCCUUCGCAUUGCCGACGACAUCGUCAACCUCACUGGAAGCCUUCAUCAGCAGUCCGAGCCACCCCGCUCUGCCACUGAGUGCAACGACACAACGAUCAAUCCUCCGCGAUGCUCUGAAGAAACAUAAACGACUACCUCCCACACAACAAGCAGCUCACUUGGGAGUUGUUCAGGACGCAAUAACCGGCUAUCUUCCAUACGCGCUAGGUAUUGCAUCAGCAGUAUCCUCGGGCAGGAUAGGAGAAGAGCCUGUGACAAUCUCAAGUACGAAACAACUACAAACAGAAUGGCGUCUCACUCUGUCCGCAACUCUACCAGGGCGAGAACCGCCUCGACCGCCAUUGGCAGGCAUAUAUAAUGACCUCGCAUUUGUGCUGCAGACACUAGCCUACACCCGAGUCCAGCAAGCACGAUCUCAACUCCAGAUCCUCUACUCGUCAAACAUACCCUCGCCGGACCGACGAACAGCAGCAAUUGGAUCCGCUAUGAAGUACCUGCUCGAAGCAAAUUCAAUCCACAACUACAUCUUGAAUCUACACACUCAAGAUCCGGCUUCCGCACCUCUAGAUACGGUAAACUCAACGCAAGUCGCACUCGCCGCUCUAGCUCUAGCAGAAGCAACCUUGAUCACAGUGCUGAAGGACGAUCCGUACACAACCGCCGUUAUACAAGCUAGAAACAAGGAUGACAAAGAAUGGAUGAUAUCUGCCCCCAGCAUACCCAAAGUCCGCGCUCAUUUGUUCGCCCGCCUCGGUCUCUGUGCCUCAGACCACGCUCAAAGAGCGGCCGCCUCUCUAGCCCCUGGAAUCGGUGUUUUGGAUUCCUCGCUAUUGAACUAUGUCGACGAUCUCCGUCGUACAGCUCGUGCAAAAGCUGCGAGGUUUUUGGCCUGUGACGCCGAAGCAACAGGAAAGACUGGAGAAGCGAUCGCAUAUCUACGAGGCGCAAGACGAGAAUUGGGGCUGGCCCCUCUAGAGCAGGAUGCUAGUAAACGUAAAGGAUGGAAAGGAAUCAAACAGACUUUUGCCGAAAAACGAGAAGAUCGGAAAGUUGAGAAGGGCUCUGAUGACUGGGGCCUGGAUGCAGGUAAACUUGAGGAGGCGAGGGUGUUAGAGUGGUUGGAAAUAAAAUGGGUGAAGUUGAACGAUACGAUCAACACCCAACUUAUUCCUCCGAGUGAGCCACUCAUGGCAGCGAUGCCUUCGGGUCGCGAAUAUCAUACGCCAAAACCCUUCUCGCCGCCUUCUCUGGAUGCAUCUCUGUUGGCUCGUCUACGGACACCGAUUGAUCACAAUCAAAACGCCUUCAUAGGCGACGAAGAGGAUAGUGGCGAUGAGGCAGUAUCUAGGGAGCCAGCAGUCGUACCCGGAGCUUUCCCUGGUGCCGCAGUAGCCGGGAAUAGUGCAAAUGCUUAUUACUAG